AUGGAAGUGGAGAACUGCUCAGCAGUGACUGAGUUCAUCCUGUUGGGAAUCCCACACACGGAGGGGCUGGACACUAUACUUUUUGUGCUGUUCUUGCCCUUUUAUGCCUGCACGCUGCUGGGGAAUGUGUCCAUCCUUGUGGCUGUUAUUUCUUCUGCUCGCCUUCACAAACCCAUGUACUUCCUGGUGUACUUGGUGUUUGAUAUUGGGUUCUCCUCUGUGACCUGUCCCAAAAUGCUGCUCUACCUCAUGGGUUGGAGCCGACUCAUCUCUUACAAAGACUGUGUCUCCCAGCUUUUCUUCUUCCACUUCCUUGGGAGCAUUGAGUGCUUCCUGUAUACUGUGAUGGCCUAUGACCGCUUCACUGCCAUCUGCUACCCGCUGCGGUACACUGUCAUCAUGAAUCCUCGAGUAUGCAUGGCCCUGGCUGCAGGCACGUGGCUGUUAGGGUGCAUCCACUCCAGUGUCUUGACAUCCCUCACCUUCAUCUUGCCCUAUUGUGGUCCCAAUGAAGUGGCUCACUUCUUCUGUGACAUCCCAGCCCUCCUGCCCUUGGCCUGUGGUGACACAUCUUUGGCUCAGAGGGUGAGUUUCACUAAUGUUGGCCUAGUGUCGCUCGUCUGCUUCCUUCUGAUCCUCGUCUCCUACACUCGAAUCACGGUCUCCAUCUUGAGCAUCCGUACAACUGAGGGAAGACGCCGUGCCUUCUCCACUUGCAGCGCCCACCUUGUUGCCAUACUCUGUGCCUAUGGGCCCAUCAUCACCGUCUACCUGAAGCCCACACCCAGCCCCAUGCUGGGAACUGUAGUUCAGAUUCUGAUGAAUCUGGUUGGACCAAUGCUGAAUCCUGUGAUCUACACCCUGAGGAACAAGGAAGUGCAAACAGCCCUGAAAACAAUACUGCCCAGGACAGCCCAGGUCCCCGACAGUUCAUAA